GGAGAGGACGCUGGCCUGGAGGGUGGAGACAUGCUGGUGGCCAUGACUGGCAGGGCUCGCAAAGAGGCGGUGCAGGCCGCAGCCCGGGAACUCCUUAAAUUCGUGAAUCAAAGCCCUUCGCCUUUCCAUGUGGUGGCUGAGUGCCGUAGCCGCCUCCUUCAGGCUGGCUUCCAUGAACUCAAGGAAGCGGAGACCUGGGAUAUCAAGCCUGAGAACAAGUACUUCCUGACCAGGAAUUCCUCCACCAUCAUUGCUUUUGCUGUGGGAGGCCAAUAUGUGCCAGGCAAUGGUUUCAGCCUCAUCGGGGCCCACACGGACAGCCCCUGCCUCCGGGUGAAGAGGCGAUCUCGACGCAGCCAGGUGGGCUUCCAGCAAGUAGGAGUGGAGACUUAUGGCGGUGGCAUCUGGAGCACUUGGUUUGAUCGCGACCUGACCUUGGCUGGACGAGUCAUUGUCAAGUGCCCGACCUCAGGCCGGCUGGAGCAGCGUUUGGUGCAUGUGGAACGGCCCAUCCUUCGCAUCCCACAUCUGGCCAUCCACCUUCAACGCAACGUCAAUGAGAACUUUGGGCCCAACAUGGAGACACACUUGGUCCCCAUUCUGGCCACAGCAAUUCAGGAGGAGCUAGAGAAGGGGAGCCCCGAGCCUGGCCCACUCAAUUCUUCAGAUGACAGACAUCACACUGUUCUCAUGUCCCUUCUGAGUUCCCAUCUGGGACUGAGCCCUGAGGACAUCUCGGAGAUGGAGCUGUGUCUCGCAGACACUCAGCCUGCGGUCCUGGGCGGUGCCUAUGACGAGUUUAUCUUCUCUCCUCGGCUGGACAAUCUGCACAGCUGCUUCUGUGCACUACAGGCCUUGAUUGAUUCCUGCUCCAGCUCUGCCUCCUUGGCUGGGGACCCCAACGUGCGCAUGAUCGCCCUCUAUGACAACGAAGAGGUGGGAUCUGAGAGCGCCCAAGGGGCACAGUCCCUGCUGACAGAACUAGUGCUGCGGCGCAUUUCGGCCUCGCCUCACCACCUGACGGCCUUCGAGGAAGCCAUUCCCAAGUCCUACAUGAUCAGUGCGGACAUGGCCCACGCUGUGCACCCCAACUACCUGGACAAGCAUGAGGAGAACCACCGACCCCUCUUCCACAAGGGCCCCGUGAUCAAAGUGAAUAGCAAGCAGCGCUAUGCCUCGAAUGCAGUGUCUGAGGCUCUCAUUCGUGAAGUGGCCAGCAGUGUUGGGGUGCCUCUGCAGGAUCUCAUGGUCCGUAAUGACUCCACCUGCGGAACCACCAUUGGGCCUAUCUUGGCUUCUCGUCUGGGGUUGCGUGUCCUGGAUUUAGGCAGCCCGCAGCUGGCCAUGCACUCCAUCCGGGAAACUGCCUGCACCUCAGGGGUGCUGCAGACCCUCACCCUCUUCAAGGGCUUCUUUGAGCUGUUCCCUUCUCUGAACCGGAACCUCCAUGUGGACUGAGGCAUCGUGCGAAACUCCUCAUGCACACGAGAAGUGUUGAGAAGGGGAUGUUCUCAGCUGAGCUGAAGCUGGAUUAUUAAAGUGGAUUUUUCAUGCUGA